UACGGAAUUCACUCUUGUGUAGAGGUGGCGUCUAUUCCCGACCACCAGGGGCAGCCACGCCCCCCCGAGCCAAAGAAGAGGCGUCAUCCUCAAAGCGAAGUGCAGAAGAAGAAUUUAACCGUUCCCGGUUGUUGAACCGCUCCCUGUCUCCGCAGCGGCUUCCAAAAUUGCUUUUGGAGCAGCGGUACUGUCCCGCACACCCUGCGGCUAUCCUCCUCACGCACUUCACCUAACGCUAGCUAGCGCACCUGCGAUGUUUGUCCAACGAGUAACUAGCUAACGUUAACAAGUCACCUCAUUACGGAUCACUACUGCGACCAAAAGACCCAGUGAGAUGGAGGAGGGCUCCGAGCUGAUGGAGGACAUUGUAUUUCGAGGAGUGGCGUUUUCCGUGAAGGUAGAGGUCGAUAAGGGUUUGCUGAUAGUGGAAAUCUCUGAUUCAGCGACAGCGGAUCAAUGGAGAGGGGACUUCGAUCCAGCAUAUAUUGAGGACCUCACCCGCAAAACUGGCAACUUCAAGCAGUUCCCCAUUUUCUGCAGCAUGUUAGAAUCCGCAGUCAGAAAGAUGAGUGAUUCUGUUACUCUUGACCUCUUGACCUACGCGGAUCUGGAGCUGCUUCGUAACAGAAAAGCAGGGGUAGUUAGUCGUCCUCAUGGCCAUCAGCAGUCAUCUGUUCUCACUGCCAAAAGAUACUUAAUCCUCAUAUAUACUGUGGAGUUUGACAGGAUACACUACCCCUUACCCCUGCCCUAUGUGGGUAAGCCCGACCCGGCUGCACUGCAGAAGGAAGUCCGAGCUCUUAAGGCGCAGCUCGGCGCCGUCUCCUCUCAUGGAAUCAACAAAUCUGCAGAACUAGAAAUACAACGGCUACGAGCAGAGCUGGCUCUGGUAAAAGAAGAAAAGGAUGCCAUGGCUAAGGCUGUGGAGCGGCUGCAGAGCAGUGGAGGCGGUCCCACAGCUGGCCGAGAGGACUGGAGGGUGCGAGACGUGGUGAGGACGCUGGAGGAGCAGCUGGUCAAGGAGAGGGCCAAAAGCCAACGUUCGGCGAGCAAGAGAUGCCAGGAGCAGCGACACCUAAUGGAGCAGUUCGAGGACUUGCGGGCAUCAGAGUGCGCUCUCCGCAUUCGGGUCAAGACUCUGACCAGCGAACUGGCGUUACUACGGAGAGGGUUAGACAAACUAAUCAUCAGAGUGACUCCGGUGGCGGGUCGCGUCGACAGGGAAGCGUAUCGCUCGGUGUCCGGCGAGAGGAGGUCGGGGUACGGGACAGUCAGGGCUCGCUCGGGAUCAAGAGAACGGAUGGAUGGCAGAGGUCAAAGGUCAGGGGAAAGAGCCAGAAGAGCAGACUCCUCCGGACCACGCGCUCGCAUACCCCGGCCGUCGCCGUCUCCCACCGGGUCCCAGGUGCAACGCUUUGACCCGACAGCCUACAUCCAAGACAGGCAGCGCAGACUGAAGGAGGCCGACCUUAAAAAACAGAGGAAGGUACGGAGGGACCUGACGUCACCCACGCUCCCCGAGAGGGGCCGAUCUCGCUCCAGAGAGGCCUACCCUCAGACGGCCCGGUCCAACAGCAGAGGCAGGAGUUUAUCAGUGGAGCGGCGAGCGAGUAGGAACUCCUCCGCCAGCUCGUUGGCAGAUAUGGACGAAAUGCCCCAAAAUCUGUUCAGAGGAAGGAAACCAACUCAUAACGGACCAAAUUCUAGAGGAGGCCUUUUGACCAGGAAACAAUUUUGCAGUACUCCAACACACAGAGUGAAUGACAAAGAGAACUCCAUAGAUACAGGGGCCGAGCUGUCAGAGAUCGACGCCAGGCUAUUGGCUCUUCAGGAGUACAUGAGGGACCUGGAUACAGGACAUUAACACCUACUGCUAGAACUCAGCAAUUGUUUACCUUUCUCGGGGGCAGACCGGAGAAGCACGUUGAGCUUCAAACAUAAGCCACGGGUUCCCGUUAAACUUAAGGAAACUACAGCCAUCACUGUGAAGGGCUCCUUUUUCUGCACUGAAAUGAUUUUUUUUGUUUCUAUUAACUUAAAAGAUGACUGAGUGUUUUUAUGUUUUUUUUACAACUCACCAAAUCAACUUAACUAGUUUGCAUGGACGGUCCACUCAGUCAGUAAAUAUUUUAUUGUUUUCUUCCCUGUGAGUGUGUGCAUUCUCUUCCAAGUGUUGUAAAUCCUGAACCCGGCCGCAUGUCAUCAUGUCAAGAUUUCGUGGUUAAAUGUCAUUCCAGCUUGAGUCUGCAGCCCAAGUAGACCCACUGUCCCAAAAGCACAGGACAGAUGUUUGUGUAAGAGAAGGACACUUGUAUAUAUCUAUACUAUUUUCAUUGCAUGCAAGUUUAUGAACACAACCCUUGAUAGUGAAACUGCCAAAUUUCUAUGAAUUGUAUGUGUACAUGCUGAGACUGUUAAUUGUGGCUCUUCCGUCUGAUCCCUUUUUAAACCACCUAAAAACAGAA